AUGACGUCAAAAACGUCAAAGGAGUGCAUAGCCGAGAAUUCGACUAUAGGAAAAAGUUAGGUCAUGGAUAAAAACACACAAAAAAAGAAGAGGGAAAUUUUAAUUUAUAUGGAUCUCACAGGACUACCACUACUAUUAUUAUUAUUAUUUUUGGGGGUGAGAGGAGAGAAGGAAGAGGAAAAGGGACAAAAUAUAUAAUAUCUCAUCUAUAAGCUCUCUCUCUCUCUCCCUCUCUUUCAUUUGGAUCAAAAAAGAGAAUAAGAGAGAGAGAGAGAGAGAUUUCCGCUUUUCGAGAUAGGAAAUUGCAUAAUAUCUGUUUCAUUUUUCCUCUUUCUUUCAGAUGAGGUCACUCCGAGGACUCAGCUUCAAGUGGGCGGAGCUUCGCUUUUUCAGAAUGGAGGACAGGUUAGUUGUGGGGGGACUAGUUUUCUCACUUUUUGUGAUUUCUAGGCCAUUUCUUUCAGAUCCCCGCGAUGCUUCCGGUUUCGCAUCCGAUCCGUCCUCAAUCCAUCCACGGACUCCUUCCCCAACAAGCCCCGCCAACUUCCCUGCGACAGUCGCGCCCACUCUCGGCGCCCACCGGAAUUGGAGUGCACUUUGUCGCCGUUUGUAGGUGAGGAUUACUUUAGAUAUUGGCGAGACCCUCUGACAGUAUCCCACAAAAAUAUUUCAAAGAUUACGGCAGGAUUACUGUAGGUACGAGGACUCGCAAGCCAUUCGAGCGACGGCGUUCCACCCGUCCGGCCGCUAUUUCGCUCUGGGCACCAACUCCAAACAACUGCACAUUUGCCUGUAUCCGAACACGGAAAAGACGCAAACGUACUGUAGAUUAGUACUGUAGACCAACUACGACUAUUUUCAGUCGACCAAUGGCGCACGAGUCGACGCGGAACGCGGAGAUUGCGGUGACGCGGCCGAAGCAGCACCGAGGGUGAAUAGCCGCGAGAAUUUUUGGCCACCGAUCAUUCUUCCAGAUCUGUCUAUUGUCUGUCGUUCAACCCGAACGGCGACCUCCUGGCGACCGGCUCCAACGACAAGACGGUCCGAUUGAUGGCGUUCAACGAGGACGCGUGUCGCAUCGGCGCCGAAAUGGAACUGAAUUGCCACGACGGCACCGUCCGCGACCUCAUCUUCAUCGAGAGUUCGCUCAAUCGGUCGACGAUCCUCGUGUCGGGCGGCGCCGGAAACUGCCAUCUGAACAUCACCGACUGCAACACCGGACAGCUCGUGCAGUCGAUGAAAGGACAUUCGGGUGGGUUUGAGAGACUACUUUAGGGAUACGGAAUGUCGUACCGACCUGAAACUUGGUAAAUCGUUGGCCAGACCCUCUGACAGUAUCCACACGAAGAAGCUAGAGGACUACUAUAGAAUUACUGUAGUUACGCCCAUAGGUGUUUUGAGUUGAGCCCCGGCAGUUAGGCCCAUUUUGGUCAGUGCCACACAUUUCUCAAAGCACUGAGCAAGUUUGCCAGGUUACUAUAGGAGUGCAGUAUGUCCUUUCAACCUGAAACAUCAGAUAUUUAGCCACACGAAAAAGCUAAGAGGUUACUGUAGUAUUACGGUAGUUUUUGCAGCCCCGAUCCUAGGCCUGUACACGUGGAGCCAGGCGGGCAACCAGUUCGUCUCUUGCUCGCAGGACAAGACGAUCCGCUUCUGGGACCUGCGGCAGACGGCGCCGACGAACGUGAUCGCGCCGAGCAACAAGGCGAACAGUAGGAAGCCAGAGAUUACUGUAGGCGGGUUACGGUAGUUUCGUUUCAGGCGCUCCCGUCACUUCCGUCUGCGUCGACCCAAAUGGCAAAUUGUUGGUUUCGGGGCACGAGGACGCCUCUGUCGGACUGUUCGACAUACAGGGAAAUCGGGUGCUCCAGACGUUCAGGUACUAAUACCAUAUAAUAUCAUCUACAGUAAUCCACUUCAGACCCCAUGGCGAUGAGGUUCGGACGGUUCGCUUCAGCAAUGCGGCCUAUUACCUGCUGACCGCCAGUUAUGAUAAACGGUAAGUAUCCCCUAGAAACUACAGUAAGCCAAAACUUUCAGAGUUGUUAUCACUGACAUGCGCGGCGAUCUGAUGGCCCCGCUAAUGUACCUGCCGGUCGCCGAACACUCGGACAAAGUAGUUCAGUGCAGGUACCGGAAAUCUACAGCAAUCCUUAUUUUCUUUUUUUUUGGUUCCAGAUGGCAUCCGCACGACUUCUCGUUCCUCUCCACGUCGGCCGACCGAUCCGCCGUCCUCUGGGCGCUUCCCAACCAUCGUUGA